AUGGCUACAUCAAUUGGUAAAACACAUUGUACUAUUUGUAAUAAAGAAAAAGUUACAUACAAAUGUGUUGGAUGUUCCGAAGAAUUUUGUUAUAAACAUUUAGGUGAUCAUCAACAAGAAUUAAGUAAACAAUUUGAUGAAAUUGAACUCAAUCGUGAUAUAUUUCGUCAAUCACUUACAGAUAAUGUUCAACAAUUAAAUGAUCAUCGUUUAUUUCAAGAAAUCAAUCAAUGGGAACAAAAUUCAAUUGAAAUUAUUCGACAAACAGCAGAAGAAACAAGAGAAUUAUUAAUUGAAAGUUUAAAUGAAUAUUUUCAUGAAAUGGAAAAAAAAAUUAAAUAA